GCCACCUGUAGCAUCAAGAUCAAGAUCACGGUACCAGUUGCGUCUGCCUUUUUCCUGAGAUCACUAAACACUUCAUGCGCCACUGCUUGUGUUUCCUCACAUUGACCUGCUGUAUGUUCUCAACUCGACACUGAGCACCAUUCGACUUGCUUAUUUUUCUGACGUCCACUCUUCACGUUAGUCUGCCACCCUCUCCCUCACCUGAGCCUUCAUGAGGAAGACCGGCGCCUUCUGCCACGCUAGUGAUAAUACUGCAGGACUACUCCUAAGCUCAUAAAAAUCACAAGACCUAAGCAGACCAAACAACAGCUUAUCUAGCAUGUGAUUGCCGCACGGGACGUAAACAGGGGCUAUAGGAUUUAAGGCAAUUAUCGCAGCAGGCCUCAAGAACAAGGGGAACAAGAACACUAAUUGUACCACAGCCUGUAUCUCCCCUUCCAGAACAAGACAACGCUAACUUUUAGUAACCUCUCUGUCUCAUGUGCGGUGACACUGUACUGGUGACCGAAAAACAAGAACAGGGUGUCGUGUGACAUUAGCAGAUGAUGAUGAGUGCAAAUCGCAAGCAUGAGGAUCCUUAUAGCCUGGAAAUUCAUAAUGCACCACCAACUCUAGAUACAAUGGCUCGUCUUGAACGCUACGUCCCACCCCUAUACAAGCCAGAAUAUCCUUUGAUAAUCAACCCCAAGAGCUAUCUGAAGAAAUAUCCCAAAGAACAGCUGGUCUAUUUAACACCUCACUGUCAAGAAGAGCUGCUGGUGUAUGACCACAAUGCUGUUUACAUUAUUGGUGGCAUUGUUGACAAGUCUUCAGGAGAACCACUGACCCUUGCCAAGGCUAAGAGGGAGGGAGUCCGAAUGCAGAAACUUCCAUUGGAUAGAUAUCUGACAUGGGGGAUUGGCAAUAAAUGCCUUACACUCAACCAGAUCAUUAACAUCAUGUUGGACUUUAAGAUGACAGGUGACUGGCCUCUUGCUCUCCGUCACGUGCCUCGCAGAAAGCUCCAGUCACCUCCUUGGAAUCAGCAAACAAAGGAAGAAGUGUUACUAAAAAAGAUACACUGGAGACAGAGGCAGGGGCCCAACAGGGGUGCAGAUGUGUGGAACAGGGGAUUGAGAAAUCACUAGUGGUCAUCUAAAGCAACGAUAGUCAGUGCAUCCUUGAGUGCAUGAAUUGUUUUGAAGGAUACCUGUAAAUAAAGAGAUAUUUGACAUUGCCAAUGUGUAUAAGAGUACAUAGUAUAGAAAGAUGUUUUAGGGAAAAAAAUGCAUCAUGUAAGAAAUUAAUCUAAAGCAAGAUUAAAGUCUUAAAUGUACACAAGAAAUAAGAAAUACAUGAACAUGUAA